AUUACAUUAUUACUAUAUCUAGUUUACGACAUGAACUUUUUUACGAUCGUUUGAAUAAUAAUAAAUAUAGUAUCGUAAUAUUUUUCUUUUUCUCUUUCUAUAUAUAUAUAUAUAGAUAAUAGAUUACAGGUUUUAAAAUUGAUUUAUAUUCUUUCGAUUUUAUUUUAACUUGUACAUCUUAGUUCACAAAGAAAUGGACUCUUUGAAAGGAGUAUCAGAAACCAUGACGUUCGGACAACUGGCUAAGAUACGCAGGGACAUGUUUGGCCCAAAACAGAUGACCCCAUGGGACUCGAACCUGAUGAACAGAAACGAACUGACCUCAUGGAAUUAUAUGAGCGCUGCAUUUUCCGACAAUGAUUGUUUAAGUUCCAGUGAUUCACCUAGACAUCAAGAAUUUCCACCAAACUCUCAAAUGGAUUCGAUGACCUCACCGUCGUAUUCUUUAUCACCAAUAUCACCGAAAUAUUACCCAACCUCACCGUCGGGUUCACCAUUAUCACCACCGGCUUACUCCCCUGCAUCGCAUUAUUUGCCAACAUUGCAAACAUUUUCACCAAGCUACAACCCAUCUAGCCCUGUUUACAGCCCAUAUAGUCCUCCUUACAUUCCAUCUACUUUUGGUUACAAACCAUUUAACUCUAAUUACAGUCCAUCCAGUUCUGGCUCUAAAUCAUUUAAUCCUGGUUACAAUCCAUUCAGCCCUGGUUACAGUUCAUCUAAAUUUGGUUACAAUCCAUCUAGCCCACGUUACCUUUCACCUUGCUUAAGUUACAGUUUAUCUAAUUCUGGUUACAAACCACCCAGUUCUGUUUGCAAUCCAUCAAAUCCUAGUUACAAUCCGUCUAGUCCUGGUUACAGCUUAUCCAGCCCUGAUUACAGUUCAUCUAAAUUUGGUUACAAUCAAUCGAGCCCUCGUUACAGGCUAUCUAACUCUAGUUACAGCUCAUCUAAUCUUGGUUACAAACCAACCAGUAAUGGUGACAAUACAUCAAAUCCUAGUUACAAUCCAUUAAGUCCGGGUUACAGACCAUCUAGCCUCCGUUAUAGUCUCUCUAGCUCAUGUUACAAACCACCUAGUCUUGGUUGA